UUAUCCUAUUGGUGUUACAUAACUAAAAUCUAAUUGGUUCUAUAUUUGUCUUCACUCUCCAGGAAUCAUUGUUCCUAUCUGGUAUCUAUCAAAGUAAAACCAAAAGCCAUCUUGCUUUUGUUGACCUUGAUGAAAAAAUUUGCAGCAGCACUAUUACUUAUGAUGAUUUCUCUGCUUGUUUUUGUUAUGAUUUCUUUUCUGUUAAACAGUAGAAAUGGAAUUGAAGCAUCAACAGAUAGUAGUAAUGAUCAUGUCAGGUUGAAGGUAACUGAUGAACAACCUUACAGAACUUCUUAUCACUUUCAGCCUCCAGAAAAUUGGAUGAACGGUAUUAUCUCGACCAACCUAUGUCAAAUUACUUUUAGUUAGAAAUAUUUUUUUGGGGAGCUUUUGUUAUAAACCAUUGAUAGGGCUGAUUGUUUUCUCUGUCAAUUUUCAUGUUUUUGUUGAAGAAAAUUGAUUGUAGAUGUCUUCUUCAUUCUGCAGAUCCAAAUGCUCCUAUGUACUACAAAGGUGUUUAUCACUUUUUCUACCAACAUAACCCAUAUGCUGCAACAUUUGGUGAUAAGAUUAUAUGGGCUCAUUCAGUAUCCUAUGAUCUCAUCAAUUGGAUUCAUCUCAAUAAUGCUCUUGAACCAAGUGAGCCUUAUGACAUCAACAGUUGUUGGUCAGGUUCAGCCACUAUACUCCCAGGAGAAAAACCUGUUAUUCUUUACACUGGAAUCGAUCACAAUAAACAUCAAGUUCAAAAUUUAGCUAUGCCAAAGAACUUAUCAGACCCUUUCUUAAGAGAAUGGCAAAAACACCCUCAAAAUCCUUUGAUCACUCCACCCAAUGAGGUUGAAAAAGAUGAAUUCAGAGACCCUACAACUGCUUGGCAUGGAAAAGACGGAAAAUGGAGAGUAAUCAUAGGUGCUCAAAAGGGCGAUGAAGGAAAAGUUAUUCUUUACCAAAGUGAGGAUUUUAUUAAUUGGACAAAGAAUCCAAAACCUUUUUUUGCAACAGAUAAUACUCGAGUUAUUGAAUGUCCGGAUUUUUUCCCCGUAUAUAUCAAUAGUACAAAUGGGGUUGAUACAUCUGUGGAAAAUUCAAGUGUUAGGCAUGUUUUGAAGAUAAGCUAUCAAAGCAAUCAACAUGACUAUUAUUUUCUUGGUAAAUAUGUAUCUGAUAAGGAAAACUUUGUUUCCGAUGAAAAAUUUUCAGGAACUAGUAAAGAUUUAAGGUUUGACUAUGGUAAAUUUUACGCUUCAAAGUCGUUUUUUGACUAUGCUAAGAAUAGGAGAAUAUUGUGGGGAUGGGUGAAUGAGUCUGACACUGCACAAGACGAUAUUGAGAAAGGAUGGGCCGGUUUACAGGCGAUUCCGAGGAAAGUUUGGCUUGAUGAAAGUGGGAAGAGAUUAUUGCAGUGGCCAAUUGAGGAGGUAGAAAAUCUAAGAGACACAAAAAUCAGUAUUACAGGAAAGAAACUUGAGGGUGGAUCAACUCUUGAAGUCUUAGGCAUCACUGCGUCACAGGUUGAUGUAGAAGUGUUGUUUGAGCUACCUGAUCUAGAAAGUGGCGAGUCGUUAGAAGAUUCAAGUGAAGUUGAUCCUCAACUAUUAUGUAGCAAACAAUAUGCAUCAAGAAAUGGACAAAUAGGGCCAUUUGGUUUGUUAGCUUUAGCUUCAAAGGAUCUCACAGAGCAAACUGCAGUGUCUUUCCAAAUAUAUAAAACUCCAAAUCGAUAUUUAUGUCUGAUGUGCAGUGAUCAGAGCAGGUCUUCAUUGCGGCAAGAUCUUGAUAAAACCACAUAUGGAACAAUUUUCGACAUAGAUCCCAAUCUCAAAGCGAUUUCACUUAGAAGCUUGAUUGACAAGUCCAUUAUUGAGAGUUUUGGUGAUGGAGGAAGAGCUAUCAUAACAAGUAGAGUUUAUCCAUUAUUGGCUAUAAAGAAAGAUGCUCAUCUUUAUGUAUUCAACAAUGGAAGCCAAAGUGUGGUUAUUUCAAAACUUAAUGCUUGGAGCAUGAAGCAAGCAGAGAUAGGCCAUGAGGGAAGUAUAAGAUGUGCUUAAGAAGGAUGUGAAGAUCUAUGAAGCACAACCGCCUCUAGGAGUAGGCAUAUCGCGUUAUCUGAUACGCAUCGGUGUCUGACACUUGUAUAACACAUGUAUGACACGUGUCAAAAAGUCACACAAACGUUUUCAAAUAAAUGAUUUUUUUUCUUUGUUUCGACCCUCUUUAAAUUAGUGUUCGAUAUCCGUAUGACACUCAUACGACACAUUAUAUUGAACCUGGUUAUUCAUAUACAUUUAUACAUUUUUUUU